UACACAGUCAAGCUCUCAUACUUAUAAUCUGUAGUUUGCUCGAGGUGUAAUGUAUUAAACAAAAGUAAUACUGAAUAUUAAGCCAUUUAACUAAUGCAGCUACCUAUUAUUAUUAUUAUCUAUUUAUUAAAAGUGGGCAUAUAAAAAUAGCUACAAAAUAAAAGCCAAUUCAAGCCUACUAUAAAGUAAAAUUGUUUAAAAACCGGCAUCUUAUCUUGUCACUAACACUUAGAUAUCUUCACAUACACAGUCAAGCUUUCAUACUUCUAAUCUAUAGUUUGCUCGAGGUGUAAUGUAUUGAACAACAGUAAUACUGAAUAUUAAGCCAUUUAACUAAUGCAGCUGCCUAUUUUGUCACUAACACUUAAAUAUCUUCACAUACAUAAUCAAGCUCUCGUUCUUAUAUUCUGCAAGGUGUUAUGGAACCAAGCCACUACCAAACUCUUUUCGGUUCUUGCUCAGAUUAGCCCCUAGAUGUCAGGAAGCUUUGUUUACAGUGAUUAAAAGCGAAUGGUAUCUAGCCAUACAAUGUAUAAAAUUUAAUGCUGCUAAUUUAUUUUCUUGUGAUAAUUUGCGAUCCACCAAUUAAGUUAUCCCAAACAUGACCUCCUGGUAGACCAGUUUUUAUAUUUGCCCUGUUUUGUUCUGAAUUUAAAUACUUUUGCUUAUUUAAAUACUAUUUUUUGUUACUUAAGGAGUAUCAUGAUAAUAUGAAAUACGAAUUAUGAAAAAAAUAAAAAAGGCGUGUUAUUAUUCAUGCUUGAAUAUUUCAAAUUGCAUCAAAAGGCGGAGUCAAACCUCGUGCUUAGAGCUUCGUUAAACGACAAAAAAACAUCAAUACUUUAUUGCAAAAAUAAGCCAACUGUUGACAAUCAACGUUUCAAAAAGUUAAUUUUAAAAACGACAAAGCAUUAAUGAAUAAUUCAUCAAUUUAAAAACUCUUCAUAGUCAGAAGGUCUCUGCUAAAGUGUUGAAGAUGAAUUUAGAUUUUUGCAGAGAUGAUAAACUGGAGCGAAAAUUUAAGACCGCAUUAGCAAGCAGUAGUUUCCUGAGGUGCUGGAGAAAUACGAAACACCUGUUAUGGUGUGCAGUCAUCCGUAACCAUGAUUCCGCAAACCAAGCCGAAUGAUCUUCGCUCCAAAAACAAAAGUAGUCUCUGAGACAUUGCUGCAAAGGACUUUUUAAACAGACUGUGCUAUUUAGUUGCUUUAUGGAGAUGUUUGCUGUAUAAUCCGCAGAGAAAGGACACAAAGACGGUGCAAUGGCCAGGGCACUUGGCAAUAAAGAUCAUCUGGCUAAAAGUAUCACCUCAAAGUCUUAUGUAAAUAUUUUGCUUUGCUAAACAGAAGAAAUAACACGGCGAUAAUUCGCAGUUCAUUCUGAGCGUCUAAAUGAACAGAACUGUAUUUUCCGAGUCUCUGCAGGAUAAUUCCAACUAGCUUUCGAAAGCACGAAUCUAUUCUGGCAGUAUCAACUUCUAGAUCUUGGCUCCUGGUGAAAAAUAUAAAGUUAUUCUCAUACAAAUAUAAAUUCAUUUACCUUUGUUUACUUUUGGUGUCCUUUACGCACUUUAAUGAACAGCUGGCGAUAUCUCAGUUAACGUGAUCAUGUUUUUGGUAAACCAAAUUCUGUUAUCAACAAACAGCUGCACGGCGUACAGAGUCAGCCAGAUGACAAAUCAAUAACAUGCAAAUGGAGUAUGAUCGUCUCGAAGGAAAGUUUUAAUAUAAUAUCUGGGUCGAUUCAUUACGAGUGGAUUUUGAAUUAACGAAGAACAGGUUUUAAAAUGAUUUAGCUUCACUUGCGAUUUGAAUACUAAACAGUUUUUGUUUUGGCCUAUUUUGCAUCAUGAAUCCGAAUCGGUUCUGUCUCUUUUUACUUAUACUCACGCUCGUCUUUAUCAUUGUUGGCAUUUUCUUUGUGGCGUCUUCGCUGCACUACAGCUCAACAACGGAUGAUUCAAUCGAACUUUUAUCCCGGAGAAGCCUCGAUCGCAAACCGGCCCAUUCGGAGCCCGUGCCAGUAUUCCCUGAAGAUUACCAUGCCUCAGGAUUACUAAUUCUCCCCCACAGCUCAAUUGCAGAGCCAUUUGAAAUAUGGUUCUCAAACACGUUGGGCGCCAGUAGGAUCGACUAUUAUUAUGGUACGGACAAAACAUUCCAACGAGGUGACGAGGCCCCGUAUGGGAAAUAUUACAAAGUUGUUCCCAUGUAUAAUGACAAGCAGGGGAAUUUCGAAGGCUGCUGGACGGUUACUGGAAGAAAUAACUGGCCAAUCAAUGCGCAGACCAUUAUUCCAAAUAUGACUUGGUUUAAGUACGUUAAAACAGAGGUAUAUACGGGAACCCUGUCAACCAAAUGGCAUUAUGAGUACUGGGCCUACGGAAUGCUCAACUCACAGAACGUUUGGGUCACGAAAUCGAAACCGUAUCGCCCAAUUCGCUAUGAAAUGAAAGGCUAUGACUCCAUGCUUGGCUCAUAUUAUGAUCAUUAUGUGCUUGAAUAUGUCUCUUUUGAGCAGUGGAGACCGCAGAUCCAGCGAUUCGAAUUGCCUAGAGACGUGCCUUGUUUCAACUGGUCGUUAACGUUGGAGUCAAGCCUGAUCUCGAACCCAAUGCAGGAGUUUGCCUCGUUCACAGCUGAGCACCUGGUAAACACAGGCGAGCUGUUUACGGAUUUUAAGAAGAAUCACAAAAAGAAUUAUGAUGAUAAGAAAGAACACAGGAAGAGAAAACAUAUUUAUAAACAUAACUCGAGGUAUAUCCAUUCGAUGAAUCGGAAAAGCAAGCACUUUCAGCUGAAGAGCAACCAUUUUACAGAUAUGUCUGAUCAAGAGUUCGAAACGCACGUGGGAUCUAUAACCAAAUUUGAUCCUCGUAACCACACUGGCAUGAAACCUCUGCAUAAGCACGAUCCAGUGUAUUUAAACGAGGCUCCUAAACCUAUUGAUAUCCCAGAAGAACUUGACUGGAGAGAUUACGGCGCUGUUUCUCCAGUGAAAGGCCAAGGUAUCUGCGGUUCUUGCUACACAUUUUCUGCUGCUGGUGCUGCUGAGGGGGCGCAUUUUCUAAAGACAGGGUCAUUGGUAGAGCUUUCAUCCCAGCAAAUCCUGGACUGUUCAUGGGGCUCUGGUAACCAUGGUUGCAAGGGUGGCCAUUAUGCUGCUGCGCUGAGUUUCUUGUAUCUCCACGGGGCUGCCACGCUGGACAGUUAUGGAAAAUAUCUUGCUCAGGAGGGUGUGUGCCAUUUUAACGAUACAGCCCUUGGCGCUAAAAUUGAUGCAUUUGCCUAUGUACCAAGCUACAACAACACGGCCCUUAAACAUGCAAUCGCCAAGUUUGGACCAGCUGCUGUAUCGAUCAACGUCAGCCCUUUGUCGUUCAAAUUCUACAGUAAUGGAGUUUAUCACGACGAAGAUUGCUGGUCUAAUCGCACGAGGCAUUCUGCCCUUGUCAUAGGGUACGGCAAGAUAAAGAAUGGUAGAGAGUACUGGCUGGUUAAAAACUCCUGGUCAGAUUCAUGGGGAGAACGAGGCUAUAUACGGGUUGCCAUGGACGAGAAUAUGUGUGGUGUAACCGAGGCACCCGUAGUCGCUCUUGUUAACCACAUAACAUUUCAGUUCCCUGUUAAAGAAAAGAUAUUGUCAGUAGACUUUGAAGACGAGGCAACUUUAGGCCGUAAGGUGAAAGCAAAGAGAAAGGAAAAAGCGAAAGCAAAGCCAGGAAAGAAAAGUGAAUUGAAAAUUAAAACAAAGGAUAGCAAGGAUGUUGCUCGUGCUGGGGUUAGCGUUACGAAAGAUAAGGGGAAAGAAAGUGUAAUUGAGCAGAAAAAAGGUGAAAAGAAGGAUAUUGGUGUAGGAAUAGAAAUGGAAGAAGGAAAGGACAAUUUUGCUAAAGAGAAGACUGGGGAUAAAUCGAAAGACGAUAAGGAAGGUGAGGGCGGUUCUAAAAGUCAAAAAAUUGAUAGUGAAGUUGAGCGGGGAAACGGUGAAAAAAAGGAUGUUAGUGAAGGAAUAGAAAUGAAAGACGGGAAGGACAAUUUUGCUAAACAGACUAAGACUGAAGAUAAAUCCGAAGACAAGAAGGAAAGUGAAAAUGGCUCUAAAGACCGUAAAAUCGAUGGAGUUACAGAGGUUGUGAAAGGAAAGGAGGCGGCUCCAAAAGAAGUUGACGAUAGAGAGGUUCCAAAAAUUGAGCCUCAUGAUCAAAAACACGACAUUGGUGCAUUAGGAGAGUUGGUUGCAAGUGAUAAUCAUGAUACUACGAAGGAGGAUACAAGUAAAGGAACUCCUGAAAGAAAGGAAGAAGAAAUUUUGCCGAACGAAAAGCAUAUAAAGAUUGAAGAAAAGAAGCCGGAAGGCUUAUCAUUUCAGGUUACUGCGAAGGAGAAGACAGACGACUUUAAGCUUCCAGUGUUUCAUGGGAAUGUCGAUCAGUCUAAGUUGCCAAAUGCAGCAAAAGAAUCUAGCAGUCAUGCUGGAAAGGGCAAUGCCAAAAGCGUGCCGAAGGCAUCUUUAGAUGAAAGUGAUACAAAGAGUUCUAAUAAGGAUAAGCACGUUGAUGCAGAGAGUCAGAUCAAACAAUCGUUUGGUGGUAAAAAAAACUUAGACGAAGGUGAAACAGUGGCAUUGGGGGGAGUUAAAGAUAAUCCUGUAUAUCAUAUGUCUAAUAAGGAUGUUGAUGUGACAGUUAAGGGCUUGAAAGAAGCAAGUAACGUUGAAGUCUCGGUUGCUAAAAUUGUGCAAAAAGACAAAUCAAAACUUAAAAAGAAGAAAAAAGUGAAAAGUAAGAAAACUUCUCGCAGUUCUGCGAAGACAUUUUUAGCAGGAAAAAAGCGAAAUCGUGGAGAGAAAGCUAAUGGUGGGGUAAAAAUGCAUAACGUUUUGCAGGAUGCAUUGAACCGCCUGUAUUCGAAAAUAGAUAAAGGUUUAUUUGAUAACGGAAAGUAAGGGAAGAAUUCACUCUCUGAUAAUUAAUUCUGUUAGAAUUAACUUUGAUUAGAAUUCAUUUGUUUUGUUAUGGGUCGAAUAACAAUGGACAGAUGAAAAAGAUCGGUGAAUUUUUUAUCUAUGUCAUUGCUAAUACGUUCACAAAUCAAGUUGAUAUUUGUUUGUUUCGUGCAUUGGGGGAUGGGGUUAAGAUGUGCUUUGUAAAACGUCCUUUUGGUUAGUUUUUCAAUGUUACCUAAAUGAAAAUAUGCAAUUCGCAUCCGAUCUCAUAACUGAGAAUAACGAUUAGACAAAUUAGGUUUCAAUUUGAAUUGUUUUUGUCAAUUUGAUGUUUAAUCACGCUCAAUAUGGGUCAUUAUCAGACUUGGUAACAAUACCUAACGCUUGUUAUGCCUAAUAAUGGCCCGGUGAUAGGCUCCUCCCGUUCCUUUGCCUUUUCCUUUCUCAAUAAGAUUGAUUGAGUUUCUUUAUUUUGUUCAAACUAUUGGCGUUUCACUAUGUUACGACUUUUUUACUAUGUUACGAAGAGCUACGGUGUUGCGAUGUUACUAUGAUGCUUUUAAAAAGUGAAGUUGUCAAUCAUUAAUGUUUUUAAAGUUAAAUCUGAUAAUCUUAAAAUAGAUAACGUGAGAUAAUCUUACUAACAAAGUUACUAAAGUACUUUCCGUCCGAAACUUGUCAGGGUCUAAUAAUUUACGUUUAAUGUCCAAAGAAAACAGAAAACUCACCUUUAGAAGCUGAUCGAAAGUAACGUGAGAAAAAGAAAAGCGCGUUUGGUUGGUUCUUUGUUAGUGCAGAGAUAAUGUUUUCCGCAAUCUCAUGCUAUUUUCAAAUAAUAAUUGUCUUCUGGAACGUUUUAGUGUGUGCAAAAUGAGAUCAAAGAUUAAAUUUCGACCGCCUCAUCGUUUAAGGAUAAAAGUCGAACUAGUAUGCAAGCCAUGGUCACAAUGACCAAAAUAAUUUCCUUCUUUAUUUUAAAACCUUCAUAUAUGCUGUAAAAGACCAAUCCAGGGCGCUUAUUCCAAAUGUCAAACUUGAACCCGGGGCGCUUACUCCGUAGGAACGCAUAUUAUGAAGGGGCCCCUGUUAAAAUUUGGUCAUCAUUGUAAGUGAAUAUUAAAAAUUGUUAAUUAUUGAUUUUAUCAUUGCUGAUAUGGUAAGGAUACCUUUUAUAAUGUAGCUUAAAUGCAAUGAUCAAAGAUAUUAAUGUUUAGAAGCAAACAAAAAUUAUUUUUUAAUGUUUUUUAGGCCGGCUUAACAUCUGUUUGAAUAUAAAGCCCUCUUUUGUUUAGGGGGGAGGUGCUUAUUUGGGAGGGGCGUUAAUUAAACAAAUUUACUUUAACUCUAGGUUGUUUUUUCUGCAUGUUCUCUUCU